AUGGCUCAUCAUUCAAAGAUACAUAUUGGUGAGAAACAACAUUUAUGUGAACCUGACGAAAAACCCUUUCAUUGCCAAGAUUGUUCCAAGACAUUUUCUAGUGCUUCACGGUUGGAAAAUCAUUUGAGGGUUCAUACUGAUGAGAAGGUGGAAAAACCUUAUAAGUGUGACUGUUGUCCGAAGGCUUUUACUGAUUCUUCAAAUUUAAGGAGACAUAUGAGGGUUCAUACUGGUGAGAAGGUAGAAAAACCUUAUAAGUGUGACUGUUGUCCGAAGGCAUUCACUGAUAUUUCAAAUUUAAGGAGACAUAUGAGGGUUCAUACUGGUGGGAAGGUAGAAAAACCUUAUAAGUGUGACUUUUGUCCGAAGGCAUUCACUGAUAUUUCAAAUUUAAGAAGACAUAUGAGGGUUCAUACUGGUGAGAAGGUUGAAAAACCUUAUAAGUGUGACUGUUGUCCGAAGGCAUUCAUUGAUAUUUCAAAUUUAAGAAGACAUAUGAGGGUUCAUACUGGUGAGAAGGUGGAAAAACCUUAUAAGUGUGACUUUUGUCCGAAGGCAUUCACUGGUAUUUCAAAUUUAAGAAGACAUAUGAGGGUUCAUACUGGUGAGAAGGUAGAAAAACCUUAUAAGUGUGACUGUUGUCCGAAGGCAUUUGCUGAUUCUUUAAAUUUAAGGAGACAUAUGAGGGUUCAUACUGGUGAGAAGGUGGGAAACCCUCAUAAGUGUGACUGUUGUCUGAAGGUAUUUGCUAAUUCUUCAAGUUUAAGGAGACAUAUUAGGCUUCAUACUGGUGAGAAGGUAGAAAAACCUUAUAAGUGUGACUGUUGUCCGAAGGCAUUUGUUCAUUCUUCAAAUUUAAGGAGACAUAUGAUGGUUCAUACUGGUGAGAAGGUGGGAAACCCUCAUAAGUGUGACUGUUGUCUGAAGGUUUUUAGUGAUUCUUCAAGUUUAAGGAGACAUAUGAGGGUUCAUACUGGUGAGAAGGUAGAAAAACCUUAUAAGUGUGACUGUUGUCCGAAGGCAUUUGCUGAUUCUUCAAAUUUAAGGAGACAUAUGAGGGUUCAUACUGUUGGGAAGGUAGAAAAACCUUAUAAGUGUAACUGUUGUCCGAAGGCAUUUACUGAUUCUUCAACUUUAAGGAGACAUAUGAUGGUUCAUACUGGUGAGGAGGUAGAAAAACUUCAUAAGUGUGAAUAUUGUUCUAAGAAAUUUUUACACCUUUCGAUGCUCAAGAUACAUAGACGAAUUCAUACUGGUGAAAAGCCCUAUUCGUGCGAACUUUGUUCGAUGGCAUUCACUCAAUCUAAUCAUUUAAAGAGACAUAUGGGAGUCCAUAUUGGUGAACAGAUGGAAAAGCCAUUGAAUAGUGAAUGUUGCCUAAACACAUUUUCCGAUAUUUCGCAGCUCGAAACACAUGAAAGAACUCAUACUGGAGAAAAGCGUCAUUCAUGUGGGUACUGUAUGAAAUCAUUCACUGAAUCUGUACAUUUGAAGGAACAUAUGACAAUCCAUACUGGUGAAGAGGUGGAAAAACCCAAUAAGUGUGAACAUUGUUCUGUUGAAGAGGUUGAAAAACCCAGUAAGUGUGAACAUUGUUCUGGUGAAGAGGUGGAAAAACCCACUAAGUGUGAACAUUGUUCUGGUGAAGAGGUGGAAAAACCCAAUAAGUGUGAGCAUUGUUCUGGUGAAGAGGUGGGAAAACCCAGUAAGUGUGAACAUUGUUCAGGUGAUGAGGUGGAAAAACCCAAUAAGUGUGAACAUUGUUCUGGUGAAGAGGUGGAAAAACCCAAUAAGUGUGAACAUUGUUCUAUUGAAGAGGUGGAAAAACCCAAUAAGUGUGAACAUUGUUCUGGUGAGGAGGUGGAAAAACCCAAUAAGUGUGAACAUUGUUCUGGUGAAGAGGUGGAGAAACCCAAUAAGUGUGAACAUUGUUCGAGGGCAUACACUGAAGCUGCGCAUUUAAGGGAACAUAUGAGAGUCUAUGCUGGUGAGAAGGUGGGAAAAUUCCAUAAGUGUGAAUGUUGUUCGAAGGCAUUUACUGAUUCUUCACGUUUUAGGAGACAUAUGAGGGUUCAUUCUGGUGAAAAGCCCUAUUCGUGUGGCUUUUGCUCAAAGACAUUCACUCAGUCUUCAAGUUUAAGGAAACAUAUAAGAGCCCAUAAAGGUGAAGAGGUGGAAAAACCCUACAAGUGUGAAUAUUGCUCGAAGGCAUUCGCUAACGGUACAGAUUUAAGGAGACAUAUAAGAGUUCAUGAUGGUGAAAAGCCCUAUUCCUGUGACUUUUGUUCAAAGACAUUCACCGUUUCUUCAAGUCUGAAGAACCACAUGCGGGUACAUACCGGUGAAAAACCCUAUUCGUGCGAUUAUUGUUCGAAGGCAUUCGCUUGGGGCUCAGAUUUAAAGAGACAUAUGGCGACCCAUAGUGGUGAGAAGCCCUAUUCGUGCGA